UCGUCCAGCUUCCCUAUACCAUGCCAGCGAGCCAAAGGUAACUGGUGGGUGAAUCGUUGCAUGGUGAUGAGUCCUUCGCGGCGAGUACAUCGAGAAUGCGACAAGAAAGUAGUUCUUGCGCAGGUGUCUAUGCGGUGAAGGUGAAGCAAGCGCCCUUGCCAAAGGACAAGGAAGGAUGCUCGGCCAUGAUAAUCAUGGGAGAUCUUUCUCACCGAGUCGUCGAUCAGCUGGCCACGUUGGUGGACAAUAUUUUUGCCCCUCUGCUGACCAAGCCGGAAAAUCAUAAGGACCUGCCGGAGGUAGCCAUUCAAGACAUAUGCAGGCAUGUGCAUUCUCUCCGCGGCACGUUGUAUCAGGUGAAAGGUCAGGUGAACGGGAGAACGGUGUUACCGAUGCCGGCCGGUCUCGAGAAGGUGACGGAAGUGGAGAGACUGGUCUGCGCGGAGGGACCGCAGGCAGUCGAUCUGUAUCUGAAAAGUGCUAUAGAGGGUGUGGUGAUAAAGUGGGCUUACUUAGUGAACGACGUCGUUACUCACGAGUCCAGCGUCGCGUUCGAGAACGGGCAAAAUCCGACGCCAAACGUCGAGUUGGAGUACUGGUCCACUAGAUUGGCGAACUUGAGAUAUAUUUACGAUCAAUUGCAAGAGGAUCGCGUGAAGAAAAUGGCGACAAUUCUCGAGAAGACCAACAGCGCGUAUUUCCCUUGCUUCCGUACACUGUUCGAUAACGUCGUGUCGUCGUUGGCCGAGGCGAAGGAGAUAGCGUUGUACCUGACACCCUUGGCAAAGUGCUUCAAGUCCGUGGAGGAGAUCGACUUUGCCGAGGCUAAACCGCUGAUGGCAACCCUGAUACAUUCGCUCGGGCUAGCGUGGGCAAAGUGUAAGAGUUACCAGAGUUCUGGCAAACUCAUCAUCAUGCUUCGGCAGAUCUGCAAUUUGUUGAUACAGGAGGCGCGCCGGUUUCUCGAUCCGACGUCGAUAUUCCAAAGCGACGUCGACGAAGCCCUGCAACGCGUCAAAAUAUCGCGAGGAGUCCUGGAGGAAUUCAAGAGACAGUUCGAGCUGAGAAAGCACACGCCUGGUUUGAAAGCGGAAGCCCCGCCUUGGACAUUUAAUUCGACCGCCGUCUUCACUCGCCUCGACGCUUUCCUGAAACGGCUGGCUGAUAUCGAGUGGCUCUUCGAUACCGUCCUCGAAUUUUCCAAGUUGGAGAAGAUUGAAAUAGGCGGCAUUCUCGGGCGGUCCUUGAGCGUCAGGAUUAUAAGCGUGUUCAAGGAAUUCCAGCAGCUUUUCGUUUCCUUCACCGUGAGAGCCAGCGACGUUCUCGAGCCGGACGACGAGUCCUUCGUCGUCGACUGCACAAAAUUCGCGGAGUCCAUCACCGAUCUUGACAGCAAACUGUCGGCGAUUCUGUGUCAAGCCUUCGAUGACUGUGGCAAUCUCGAGAGUGUCUUCAAGCUGAUCAAUAUCGCCGGGUCGGUGUUGGAGCGUCCCGUCAUUCGAAAGCAGUUCACCAAUCGAUACGCCAGGAUCCUGGAACUUUUGAACAUGGAACUGUCGGUGGUGGAAGUUCUGUUCAAUCGUGGCACACGAGGUGCUUUGAUUAAUCUACCGCCCUUGGCAGCUGCUUUAACGUUCACUAGCAUGUUGAAACAGCGUAUCGACUUGCCCGUACAGUCGUUUAAGGCCAUGCCACACCCGAUCGUGCAUAGCGACGAGGGUGAGAAUAUAAUGGCACGUUACGAAAGGCUGAUAAAAAUAUUCGCCGACAAGGAGGACGACCUGUUCACCGAGUGGGCGCAAAUGGUACCGCGUGUCGUCGAUGUCGGUCUCAAUCGUCACCUGGUUUGCAGAGAGACCGACGGUGUUUUGCUGUUAAAUUUUGAUCCUGAUCUUCUCGCGGUGCUAAAGGAAGUGAAUUACCUCAAGCAAAUGUCGCGCUCUGACAUUCCCCAAGAAGCGAUCACGGUAUCUGAAAGUGCGGAGACGUUUAGGAAGUUUCGCACGAUGCUGGGCAGCACGGUCGACUCGUACAACAACAUACGUAAAACAACCAAGCGAGUAGAGUUCGAUCUAAUCGAGAUGGAAGUGGCGAGAAUCGAUUCCCUGAUAUCCCGCGGAGAGAACGAGCUGUGCUGGAGAUCGGACGGACUGCUGGAAUACAUAACGGAGCUGGGCGAUCUCGUGGAAGGACUGUGGAAGCGGAUGAAGGCCGUUCAAUCGAACGUCGAGAAAAUCGGAGAUAUUUUGGAGCCUUGGACGAAAACACCCCUGAUAGAACGGAAGGAUCGUCGUAAGGACACUCUGCUGGCGUUGGAAGACCGUCCGGAAAAAGUAUCGAGACGUUACGCGGAGAUAACGAGGGCGGCUGAGCAGAUACACUCGAUAUUGCAUGAAAACAGGAUACUCUUUCAAAUUAAUGACAGCGAACAGGAGGCGUGGCAGAAAUACGUCAAUUACAUCGACAACAAAGUGACCGAGUUCCUGCGCAAAGCGGUCGGAUGUUCAUUAGGAUAUUUGGCAGAAAGUAUGGACCCAGUCGGUCAGUGCGAGCCAUUACUCGAAGCAAAAUUGGAACUGAGGGAGCCUGACCUGUAUUACAUGCCGUCGCUGGAACCGGAAGAUCCGGACGGACUCGAUCAAUUAAUUAUCGGCUUACUGGAUGACAUCACCGGCAUGUCCGCGUUGGUGCCGCGAUUAAAAAGCGAUUUCGUGGGAUACGCCGAGGAAUUGGCGUCCGACGAUGACAUCAAGGGAAUGAAAGAUGAGAUAUUGACGAGUGUAGCUACCGCCGUGGAAGACGCUACUGAUUUCUGUAGCAAUUUCGAAGGCUAUGCCUACUUAUGGCUGGACGAUAGGGACGUGGUGAUGCAACAAUUUCUCGAGUACAGCCGGCAGUUGUCGGUGGAGGAAAUGGACAUGGUGGCGGCUCAAGACCCCAAAGGUCCGGCAAAGUCACCGCCGAAAAUGGAGCAAUUUCGCGAACAAAUCGACCUCUACGAGGGCCUCUAUCUCGAGAUCGAGGAAAUGGAUCUGUCGAAGGUGUUCUGCGGCUGGUUCAGGGUAGACCUCAGACCUUUCAGACAGUCGGUAUUGAACACGGUGUGCAAAUGGUCGAGCAUGUUUAAGAAACACUUGGUCGAUCGUGUAACAAGUAGCCUCUCGGAUUUGGGCUCGUUUAUAAGAUUAGCGGACGAGGGUCUGCUACAACAAGUACAACCGGGCGAUUAUGCCGCUCUGGUGAGCGUAAUGGGCUACCUACUACAAGUGAAGGAACGCCAGCCAACUACGGACGAGAUGUUUCAUCCAUUAGAGGAAACCAUUGAGUUGCUCAAGUUCUACGAUCAAGACAUACCCGAAGAAGUGAACGUACUACUGCAAGAGCUGCCGGAGCAGUGGGCGAACACGAAAAAACUCGCUCUUAUGGUGAAGCAGCAAGUUGCUCCAUUACAGGCAGGUGAAGUGUCGAGAAUACGCGGUCGCAUCUCCGCCUUCGACAUCACGAUAGGUCAAUACCGAGAAGCGUUCCGGCGGUACGCGUUCUUCAAGUACGACUGCAAGAACCCGUACGAGCUGUUGGACGAAGCGCACAAGGAGAUUCUAAUGUUGGAACGGCAAAUGAAGGAUAUACAGGAGUCAGCCUCGUUGUUCGAAGUGACGGUGCCCGAAUUUAAGCAGCUGAGGCAGUGCAGGAGAGAGCUGAAAAUGCUCAAGCAGCUCUGGGAUUAUGCAAAUAUAGUGCAGAGCAGUAUCGAGGGCUGGAAGACGACGCCCUGGAGGAAAAUCGACGUGGAGAAUAUGGACAUCGAGUGCAAAAAGUUCGCGAAGGAGAUACGUGCAUUGGACAAAGAAAUGAGGCCGUGGGACGCGUACAUUUCGCUGGAAGCGACGGUGAAGAACAUGCUUACGUCGCUGCGUGCCGUGGGAGAGCUACAAAAUCCGGCUAUUCGAGAGAGACAUUGGCGGCAGCUGAUGAAUAGUACCAAGGUUCGUUUCGUAAUGGACAAAUCGACGACUCUAGCCGACCUGCUCGAGCUGAAUCUCCACGAGUGCGAGGAGGAGGUGAAGAACAUCGUGGAUAAAGCGGUUAAGGAAAUGUCCAUGGAGAAAUAUAUGAAAGAGUUGAACGUCACAUGGUCGAAAAUGGAGUUCGAGCGGGAGGUUCACGCCCGGACGGGCGCUACUUUGAUAAGAGCCAGCGAAGAAUUGAUCGAAACUUUGGAAGAGAACCAGGUGCAACUGCAGAAUCUGAUCACCUCGAAAUUCAUCGCGCACUUCUUAGAGGAGGUGUCGUCGUGGCAGAAGAAGCUGAGUAUUGCCGACCAGGUGACGACGAUAUGGUUCGAAGUUCAGCGCACCUGGAUGCACCUCGAGAGCAUCUUCAUGUCGUCGGAGGACAUCCGAAGGCAAUUGCCGGUGGACGCCGAGCGGUUCGACCAUAUCGACAAGGAGUUCAAGGAGAUGACGGAGGAGAUGGCGAAGACGCCCAACGUCGUCGAGGCGACGAACAAGGACGGCCUUGUCUCCGCUUUGGACGUUCUGCAGAAAGGACUCGUUUUGUGCGAGAAAGCCUUGGCGGAAUAUCUGGAGACAAAGCGCCUCGCUUUCCCACGAUUUUACUUCGUCUCGUCGAGCGACCUGCUGGACGUCCUCUCGAACGGGAACCAGCCCGAGAUAGUGGCGAAGCACUUGACGAAGUUGUUCGACUCCAUGGCGCGGCUGAACUUCGACGACAAAAGCGUCUCGCUGAAACGCGUUUUAGGCAUGUUCGCCAAGGACGGCGAAUACGUGGAGUUCGCCAACUGCGAGAUGAUCUGCGAAGGAGCCGUGGAGGCCUGGCUGAAUCGCCUUCAGAGCGCCAUGCGCGCGUCUAUCCGCCAUUACUUCAGCGAGGCGGUGGUGAUGUACGAGGAAAAGCCGCGAGAACAGUGGCUCUUCGACUACCCGGCUCAGGUGUCCCUCUGCGGCACGCAGAUCUGGUGGACCACCGAGGUGAACAUAGCCUUCGCGCGCCUCGAGGAAGGCUACGACAACUCCAUCAAGGAUUACUUGAAGAAACAAAUCUCGCAACUGAGCAUCUUGAUCACGCUGCUGAUAGGCGAGCUGACCAAGCAGGAGAGACAGAAGGUCAUGACGAUCUGCACGAUCGACGUGCACUCCCGGGACGUCGUGACGAAGCUGGUGCAGUCGAAGGUGGAGAGCUCACAGGCUUUCCAGUGGCAGAGUCAACUGAGACACAGAUGGGACGAGAAGGAGAAGGACUGCUUCGCGAAUAUCUGCGACGCGCAGUUCAAGUACUCGCAUGAGUAUCUGGGCAAUACACCAAGGUUGGUCAUAACGCCGCUGACGGACAGAUGUUACAUAACCCUGACGCAGUCGCUGCACCUCAUCAUGGGCGGUGGUCCUGCGGGGCCAGCCGGAACCGGGAAAACGGAAACGACGAAGGAUCUUGGCAGAGCCCUCGGCAUAAUGGUGUACGUGUUCAACUGCUCCGAGCAGAUGGACUACAAGUCCUGCGGCAAUAUAUACAAGGGACUGGCACAGACCGGAGCGUGGGGCUGCUUCGACGAGUUCAACAGGAUCACCGUGGAGGUGCUGUCGGUGGUCGCUGUACAGGUGAAGUCGAUCCAGGACGCGAUCAGAGACAAGAAGGAGAAGUUUAACUUCAUGGGCGAAAUGAUAGCGCUGGAGCCGACGGUCGGGAUAUUCAUCACCAUGAAUCCCGGCUACGCCGGUCGCACGGAAUUGCCGGAGAACUUGAAGGCUCUGUUUCGCCCUUGCGCCAUGGUGGUGCCGGAUUUCGAGCUAAUCUGCGAGAUUAUGCUGGUGGCGGAGGGAUUCCAGGACGCCAGGGUGCUCGCGAGGAAGUUCAUCACGCUGUACACGCUGUGCAAGGAGUUGUUGUCGAAGCAGGAUCACUACGACUGGGGUCUGCGAGCGAUCAAGUCAGUCCUGGUAGUCGCCGGCAGUCUGAAGAGAGGCGACCCCGGCAGACCGGAAGAGCAGGUGUUAAUGAGAGCUCUGAGGGACUUCAACAUACCGAAAGUGAUAUCGGACGAUCUGCCGGUCUUCAUGGGACUGAUCGCGGACUUGUUCCCGGCGUUGGACGUGCCGAGGAAAAGAGACGUCGAGUUCGAGAAAAUGGUGAAGCAGGCGGCUACCGAUCUGAGCCUGCAGCCAGAAGACGCAUUCAUCCUCAAAGUCGUGCAGCUCGAGGAGCUGUUGGAGGUCAGGCACUCCGUCUUCAUCGUGGGCACAGCUGGCUCCGGAAAAACCCAGGUCUGGAAGACGCUGUUCAAGACUUAUCACAACAUGAAGAGACGAGCGGUGUACAACGAUCUGAAUCCGAAAGCUGUGACCAACGACGAGCUCUUCGGGAUCAUCAAUCCGGCGACGCGCGAGUGGAAGGACGGGCUCUUCUCGGUGAUUAUGAGGGAACAGGCCAACCUGGGGGGCGAUAAUCCCAAGUGGAUCGUUUUGGACGGUGACAUCGACCCGAUGUGGAUCGAGUCUUUGAAUACCGUGAUGGACGACAACAAAGUUCUUACGUUGGCCAGCAACGAGAGAAUCGCCUUGACGCCAACCAUGAGAUUGCUCUUCGAGAUCUCAAACCUGCGGACCGCAACACCCGCCACGGUGUCGCGCGCCGGUAUUUUGUACAUAAACCCGCAGGAUCUGGGCUGGAACCCGUAUGUGACCAGCUGGGUCGAGCAGCGACCGUUGCCGAACGAGAAGUCGAAUCUGGUGAUGCUCUUCGACAAGUACAUCCCCACUUGCCUGGAGACUCUGAGGACCAGGUUCAAGAAGAUAACACCCAUUGCCGACAUGGCGCACGUCGAGAUGCUGUGUCAUCUGCUGCACUGCCUGCUAAGACCGGAGCUGACGAGCGGCGACUUCCACAAGGACCAUUACGAGCUUUACUUCGCGUUCGCUGCAGUCUGGGCAUUCGGCUCCUCCAUGUUUCAGGAUCAGACCGUGGACUAUCGAGUGGAGUUCACCAAAUGGUGGGUCAACGAGUUCAAACAGGUGAAGUUUCCAUCCCAGGGCACGGUGUUCGAUUAUUACAUCGACAACGAGACGAAGAGCUUCGUUCCCUGGACGGAACGUCUUCCAAAGUUCGAGCUGGACCCGGAGAUACCCUUGCAAGCUGCCUUGGUCUACACGUCGGAAUCGAUCAGAAUUAAAUACUUUCUGGAUCUCCUGAUGUCAGACAGACAUCCUGUAAUGUUGGUCGGCACAGCCGGUUGCGGCAAGACUGUCCUCGUGGCGGAGAAGCUUCUUCAGCUCCCUGAGAACUACGCGAUCUCCAACGUACCGUUUAAUUUUUACACGUCGUCUGAGAUGCUGCAGAAGAUCCUGGAGAAAUCGUUGGAGAAGAAAGCGGGUAGGAACUACGGUCCGCCAGGGAACAAAACUCUGGUGUACUUCAUCGAUGACAUGAACAUGCCGGAGGUGGAUGCGUACGGCACCGUUCAGCCUCAUACGCUCAUCAGGCAGCACCUGGACUACGGUCACUGGUACGAUCGUACCAAGCUGAGCCUGAAGGACAUACAUAACUGUCAGUAUGUCAGCUGCAUGAAUCCGACCGCCGGAUCGUUCACGAUCAAUCCGAGGCUGCAGAGGCAUUUCGCGGUAUUUGCAGUCAGUUUUCCCAACGUCGACUCUUUGACGACCGUAUACGCUUCUAUUUUGUCGCAGCAUCUUCUGAAUGUGGAGCACAGGUUUCCCGCAAGCGUCACCGAAUUAUGUCCUAACAUCGUGCAAGCGAGCAUUCAGUUGCACCACCGUUGCGCUCAGAUGUUCCUACCGACAGCCGUAAAGUUCCAUUACAUCUUCAAUCUCCGUGAGCUUUCCAACUGCUUCCAAGGUUUGUUGUUCAGCGGCAAUGAGUGCCUACAGUCCUCGGUGGACAUAAUCAGGCUCUGGAUGCACGAGACUCAACGCGUCUACGGGGACAAGCUGACGGACGAGAAGGACAUUGAGAGUUUCUUGAAGCUGCAACUCGACAUCCUGAAGAAGAAUGUGGAAGAAGUGGACGAGGGUGCGAUUCUGGAGAGACCCAACAUCUACUGCCAUUUUGCAGGUGGUGUCGGGGAGCCGAAGUAUAUGCCCGUCAACGACUGGGCGACCCUACAUCGGCUCUUGUCGGAAGCAAUGGUCAGCUACAACGAUCUGGUAGCGGCGAUGAAUUUGGUGCUCUUCGAAGACGCUAUGAUGCACGUGUGCCGCGUGAAUAGGAUCCUAGAAUCGCCCAGAGGCAGCGCGCUCUUGGUGGGUGUAGGUGGUUCCGGCAAACAGAGCCUCUCGCGACUGGCGGCUUUCAUAAGCUCGUUGGAGGUGUUCCAAGUUCAGCUGAAGAAAGGCUACGGUGUGAGCGACUUGAAACUGGAGCUAGCCGCUCUCUACUCGAAGGCGGGCUUGAAGAAUCUCGGUAUUAUGUUCUUGAUGACGGACGCGCAGGUGCCGAACGAGCAAUUUCUGGUACUUAUCAACGACAUGCUCGCGUCGGGAGAAGUACCCGAUUUGUUCGCCGAGGACGAGGUGGAGAAUAUAAUAGCAGGCGUGCGCAACGAAGUGAAAGGCGCCGGUAUGUUGGACACGCGCGAGAACUGUUGGAAAUUCUUCAUCGACCGCGUGCGCCGGCAGCUCAGGACAGUAUUGUGCUUCUCUCCGGUUGGCUCCACGCUGCGGGUCAGAUCCAGAAAGUUCCCGGCGAUCAUAAAUUGCACGAUGAUAAAUUGGUUUCACGAGUGGCCCCAGGAGGCACUGAUGUCCGUGUCGAAGCGAUUCUUACAGGAGCUGGAGGAGCUGCCGGAAACUUACAGAGAAUCGGCCGCCAAGUUUAUGGCUCACGCGCACACCAGCGUGAACAUAGCCAGCCGUCACUACUUGAGCAGCGAGCGUCGCUACAAUUACACGACGCCAAAGUCCUUCCUGGAGCAGAUAAGUCUGUACAUCAGGCUGCUGAAGACGAAAUCGUCCGAGCUGCGUGCCCGAGUGGCGAGGCUGGAGAACGGCUUGGACAAGUUGCGGUCGACGGCGGUACAAGUGGACAAGUUGAAGGAGAAGCUGGCCGUGCAGGAGGUAGAAUUGCAGCAGAAGAACGACGCCGCGGACGCUCUGAUCGCUAUAGUCGGCGUCGAGACCGAGAAGGUUCAGAAAGAGAAGGCGAUAGCGGACGAGGAGGAAUCCAAAGUGGCCAUGAUAGCCGAGGAAGUGUCGAAGAAGCAGAAAGACUGCGAGGCGGAUCUGAUGAAGGCCGAGCCCGCUUUGCUGGCCGCGCAGGAGGCCUUGAACACCCUGAACAAGGCGAAUUUAACGGAACUCAAAUCAUUCGGCUCACCGCCCGGCGCUGUAACGAACGUCACCGCCGCGGUCAUGGUCCUUUUGGCACCAGCUGGCAAGGUACCCAAGGACCGGAGCUGGAAGGCCGCCAAGAUUAUGAUGGCGAAGGUGGACACGUUCCUGGACAGCCUGAUCAAUUACGACAAGGAGAAUAUACAUCCCGAGGUGAUCAAAGCGAUACAGCCGUACCUCAAGGACUCCGAAUUCGAGCCCGAAUUCGUGAGAUCCAAGUCCGCGGCCGCAGCGGGCUUGUGCGCCUGGGUGAUCAAUAUUAUCAAGUUUUACGAGGUGUUCUGCGACGUGGAGCCGAAACGGAAGGCCCUCGCGCAGGCGAACGCGGAGUUGGCCGCGGCGCAGGACAAACUCGGCGGUAUUAAGCGGAAAGUUGCCUCCUUGGAGGAGCAGUUGGCCAAGUUGACGGCGGACUUUGAGCAAGCGACGUCGGAGAAGCUGAAGUGCCAACAGGAAGCGGACGCUACCAACUCGACGAUCGCGCUGGCGAACAGACUGGUCGGCGGUCUCGCGUCUGAGAACGUUCGCUGGGCUGACUCGGUUGCCAACUUUAUGCAGCAAGCGUCGACGCUACCCGGCGACGUGCUGCUCGUGACGGCCUUUGUGUCCUACGUCGGUUGUUUCACCAAACAAUUUCGGCAGGAUCUGCUGAACAAGCAAUGGUUAGCCUUCAUACGUAGCGUCGAGCCGACGGUACCAAUUACCGAGGGCUUGGAUCCUCUCUCGCUGCUGACGAACGACACGCAAAUUGCAAAAUGGAAUAACGAGGGACUGCCGAACGAUCGAAUGUCAACGGAGAACGCCACUAUAUUGACCAACUCCGAUCGUUGGCCGCUAAUGAUAGAUCCACAGCUUCAGGGAAUCAAGUGGAUCAAGGAGAAAUACGGAGACGAGCUGAAAGUGAUCAGAUUAGGUCAACGAGGUUACUUGGAUGUGAUCGAGUUAUCAUUAGCGAACGGAUCUACGGUGCUGCUGGAGAACAUCGGUGAAAGCGUAGAUCCCGUCUUGGAUCCUCUACUCGGCCGAAACUUAAUCAAGAAAGGCCGAGCCAUUAAGAUUGGCGAUAAGGAGGUGGAAUACAAUCCUAUGUUCAGGUUGCUGCUGCACACGAAGCUGGCUAAUCCCCAUUACAAGCCGGAAAUGCAGGCGCAAACUACGCUGAUUAAUUUCACAGUGACGAGGGAUGGCUUGGAGGAUCAGUUGCUUGCGGAAGUAGUUAAGGCCGAGCGGCCAGAUUUGGAGGAGCUGAAGGCGGAGCUGACGAGGCAACAGAACGACUUUAAGAUCACUCUCAACAGCCUCGAAGAUUCGCUUCUGUCGAGACUGUCAUCGGCUGGCAGCAACGUUCUCGAAGACACAUCCCUCGUGGAGAACUUAGAGACCACGAAGCGCACUGCGGCGGAGAUCGAGUCGAAGGUUACGGAGGCUCGCGGCACCAGCCGGCAGAUCGACGCGGCUCGCGAGCUGUACAGACCAGCGGCAGCGAGAGCAUCUUUGCUGUACUUCAUUCUAAACGACUUGAAUACCAUUAAUCCCAUUUAUCAAUUCUCGCUAAAGGCCUUCAGCGUGGUCUUCCAGAAGGCGAUCCUGAAGGCCGACCCGGCGCCCGAUGUUGCCGGCAGAGUGCAGAAUCUGAUCGAGUGCAUCACGUAUUCGGUCUUCAUGUACACCAGCAGGGGACUGUUCGAGUGCGAUAAGCUGAUCUUCGCCUCGCAAAUGGCGUUCCAGAUUUUACUGGUGAGAAACGAAGUUACGGCGGGCGAGCUCGACUUUCUCCUAAGAUUUCCUAUAACGCCGCACGUCACCUCGCCCGUCGAUUUUCUCACCAACACCGGCUGGGGCGGCAUAAGAAGCCUCGCUACGAGGGAGGAGUUUCGGAAUCUCGACCGGGACAUCGAGAGCUCCGCCAAACGCUGGAAAAAGUUCGUGGAGUGCGAAUGCCCGGAGCGCGAGAAGUUUCCCCAGGAAUGGAAGAACAAAACGGCUAUACAACGUCUAUGCAUGCUGAGAGCCCUGAGACCGGACAGAAUGACGUAUGCCAUCGCUGCGUUUAUCGAGGAGAAGCUCGGCCAGAAGUACAUCGAAGCGAGGACGGUGGAGUUCUCGAAAUCUUUCGAAGAAACCAGCCCGAGCACUCCCAUCUUCUUCAUCCUGUCGCCCGGAGUUAAUCCGUUGAAGGUUGUAGAGGAUCUGGGCCGGCGACUCCGUUUCACAUCGGAUAAUCAAAACUUCCACAACGUGUCCCUCGGCCAAGGGCAAGAAACGGUGGCCGAGCAAGCCAUGGACGUAGCGGCCAAAGAUGGUCAUUGGGUGGUAUUGCAAAAUAUACAUCUCGUAAAAAAGUGGCUGCCGCUGCUGGAGAAGAAACUGGAAAUGGCCGCGGAGGGCUCUCAUCCCGAUUACAGAAUUUUCAUGAGCGCAGAACCAGCCAGCACGCCAGCCAGCCAUAUUAUACCUCAGGGUAUUCUGGAGUCGUCGAUUAAGAUCACGAACGAACCACCCACCGGUAUGCAAGCAAACUUGCACAAAGCUCUGGAUAACUUCACUCAGGAGACCCUAGAAAUGUGCUCGAAGGAAGCGGAGUUUAAAGCGAUUUUAUUCUCUUUGUGCUACUUCCACGCUGUCGUCGCGGAACGUCGGAAAUUCGGGCCUCAAGGUUGGAACAAGAUAUAUCCUUUCAAUGUGGGGGACUUGAAUAUCAGCGUCAGUGUGCUCUACAAUUAUUUGGAAGCGAGCCCGAAAGUGCCCUGGGAGGACUUGAGGUAUCUUUUCGGAGAAAUUAUGUAUGGUGGUCACAUAACCGACGACUGGGACAGGAGGCUUUGCGUAUCCUACCUUGAAGAAUUAAUGCAGCCCGACCUGAUCGAUGGAGAGCUACAGUUGGCACCAGGUUUCCCGGCGCCUCUCAAUACGGAUCUCGUCGGUUAUCACACAUACAUCGACGAAGCUAUACCGCCAGAGUCCCCGUAUCUCUACGGACUGCAUCCGAACGCGGAGGUCGGCUUUCUAACGAUGACAGCCGAAAAUUUGUUCAAGACGAUCUUCGAGAUGCAGCCGCGCGACACCGGAAGUUCCGGCGGACAGACCGUUACGAGAGAAGACAAGGUGAAGCAAGUACUGGACGAGAUCAUAGAGAAGCUGCCCGAGGAGUUCAACAUGACGGAGAUCAUGGGCAAGGUGGAAGAACGAACGCCCUACGUGAUCGUCGCGUUCCAGGAAUGCGAGAGGAUGAAUAUCCUGACGACCGAGAUCAAACGGUCGCUGCGCGAGCUGGACCUGGGUCUGAAAGGCGAGCUCACCAUCACGUCGGACAUGGAGGAUCUGGAGAACGCGUUGUUCUUCGACCAGGUGCCGCCGGUGUGGACCAGCAUGGCUUACCCGUCCCUAUUGGGCCUCACCGCUUGGUUCGUCGAUCUGUUGCUGAGACUGAGGGAGCUGGAGACCUGGUCGACGGACUUUGUGUUACCGGCAUCGGUGUGGUUAGCCGGCUUUUUCAAUCCGCAAUCGCUGCUAACGGCCAUCAUGCAAUCGACAGCUAGGAGGCACGAAUUGCCGCUCGACAAAAUGUGCCUCCAGUGCGACGUGACCAAGAAGAACAAGGAGGAGUUCACGUCAGCUCCGAGAGACGGGGCUUACGUUCACGGGAUAUUUAUGGAAGGCGCACGCUGGGACGUCCAAACAGGAAUCAUAGUCGACUCCAGGCCCAAGGAAUUAUACCCGGCGAUGCCGGUGAUUAAUGUGCGCGCGAUCACGCAGGACAAACAGGAUUUGAGGAACAUGUACGAGUGCCCGGUGUACAAAACGCGCAUGCGUGGCCCGACGUACGUAUGGACGUUCAACUUGAAGACCAAGGACAAGCCGGCCAAGUGGACGUUGGCCGGUGUCGCUCUCCUGCUGCAGACCUGAGCGGACAUGAGCGUUCGCAAUGAUCAUCGCCAGCGAUGAACACGUAUACGUGCGUUCCCUCAGCGGAACGAUAAAAUCGCGCCGUGCAGAAAGAACAUGUCACGCCGGACAAUUAGACAGAGAGACGUGUGUCGAGCUACCUGGAAGAAGAAGAAGAAGAAGAAGAAGAACGACCGUGUACUCCGGCCUGAGUUGCGAAAUAAAGAUUUCUUUCUCAAGCGA